CAAACAAAACGCGUUAGAAGGCAGCGAGGAACAGACCCCUGGUCCCCAACGAACACGAUGAUAAACGGCGCUGAUCACGAUGCAGGAACAAAGAAUCCAUAAAAAACCGCUGCCUCCGACCACCCAGAACGGAGAGAAGUCUGAGGAGAGAGAAGAGGCGGUCGGAGAAGGCCAUGUCUUACAACAAGGUGUUUAGGGUGGCGGCCGACGGAAGCGCCGACUUCCGCACGGUUCAGGAGGCCAUUGAUGCCGUGCCGCUCCCCAAUCGGACGCGGACGGUGAUCCAGGUGACGCCCGGCGUGUACCGGCAGCCCAUAUACGUCCCGAAGACGAAGAAUUUCAUCACCAUCGCCGGUUCCUGCCCCGAGAAUACCGUCCUCAGUUGGGACAAUAUUGCAACCCGCAUCAACCACCACCAGCCGUCGCGAGUGAUAGGGACGGGGACUUUUGGGUGCGGAAGCACGAUUGUCGAAGGGGAGGACUUCAUCGCGGAGAACAUCACCUUUGAGAACUCUGCUCCGCAGGGUUCGGGACAGGCCGUGGCUAUCCGGGUGACUGCCGAUCGAUGCGCUUUCUACAAUUGCAGGUUCCUUGGAUGGCAGGAUACCUUAUACCUACAUUAUGGAAAGCAAUAUCUGAGAGAUUGCUAUAUUGAAGGAAGUGUUGACUUCAUUUUCGGUAAUUCUACUGCUCUCCUAGAACAUUGCCACAUCCAUUGCAAGUCGCAGGGAUUUAUAACUGCUCAAAGUAGGAAGUCUUCUCAAGAAACUACUGGUUAUGUCUUCUUAAGAUGUGUUAUUACGGGUAAUGGUGGAACUUCAUAUGCGUUUCUUGGGCGUCCAUGGGGACCCUUCGCGAGGGUUGUUUUUGCAUAUACUUGGAUGGACUGUUGCAUUAGACCUUUCGGGUGGCAUAACUGGGAUAAACCUGAAAAUGAACGAAGCGCUUGUUUCUACGAGUACAGAUGCUCAGGACCUGGUUGCUGCAUCACAAACCGAGUCGCAUGGUCAAGAGAACUGCUUGAUGAUGAGGCAGAAUCUUUUAUCUCACACUAUUUUGUCGAUCCUGAUCCAGAUAUGCCUUGGCUUGCACAGAAGAUGGCUAUUAGAAUUCCAUAUUCGGCUUAGAAUUCCGAGUUCAUGCAGAAUCUGAAUGUUGUGUAUGCCCCCUAUAAUUUUAGCACCUCAUAGGCUCGGUCCUUUUAAGAAUGUACUUAAGAACAAUAAAUUUGAGAUGUUUUAUUCAUGCCCCAUGACGUAGCACGGACGAUGGAUGCAUGAUAAUUCUGACGUAAUAGUUAGAGGUCUGGGUGAUGAUUGACAUGGUCGAUCCCACUACUCAAUGUCUGUAUAUCUGCAUGAACCUUUUCCCAUAUUCACGGGACCGGUUCUACGAGGGCUAUUAAAAUAACAAAUCUAUCUUUGAGAUGUUUUAUU